AAGGUAAUAGUUUGGUGAGACAGAGACAUAUAGGACCACUUCGCUUGGGUUCUAGCUGUAAAGAGUUCAGUACAAGUCAUGGCUCAUGGUACAACAAUAGUCCAAAAUGGCUAGCUUAGUCAUUCUUCCUUCAUCACUCCUCACCAAUCAAGAGUUCCAUGGGAAACUUCCUUCUCUACUUGACAAACUUUGUAUCUCUCUCUCUCUCUUGAAAUUCCUAUAUAACCAGUGACAAGUUCCAAAAACAUUUGCACGGGUAUUGCAAAUGGAGACAAUAUCAUCUAAAACCCAAGUUGAGAUGGUGAUUGAGAUAUCUGCUCAUAAAUCACCACCACAAUGUGGCUCCCUAAUUAACAUGAGACAAACAUUGUUGUCAAUCUUAGCUAGAUUUCAUGCAGGUUACUUCCGGAUAAGUCUCUCUCUAUGUAGCCAAGCCUUACUGUGGAAAAUCCUUAAAGAAUCAACAAAGGAUGCACAUGCUCUCCGGCGUGUGUUUCACUUGCUACCGUCCACAGCUUUCACUCUUCUUUGGUCACUGGCCUUCUUCACAUUGGCUGCACUAUCUGUUCUUUACAUUCUAAGAUGUCUGUUUCACUUUGAUCUGGUGAAAGCUGAGUGCUUGCACCAUGUAGGAGUGAACUACUUGUUCGCCCCAUGGAUUUCUUGGCUUCUCUUGCUACAGUCGUCGCCAUUUAUCGAUCCUAAAACGACAUCCUACCUAGUGCUUUGGUGGGUCUUUGUGGUUCCAAUUAUAGUACUUGAUGUGAAGAUCUAUGGACAAUGGUUCACUAAGGGGAAGAGGUUUCUAUCUACAGUGGCGAAUCCGACAAGUCAGCUAUCGGUGAUUGGGAACCUGGUGGGAGCACAAGCGGCAGCAAACAUGGGGUGGAAAGAGACUGCCGUUUGUAUGUUCUCUUUGGGCAUGGCACAUUAUCUUGUGCUCUUUGUCACUCUUUAUCAAAGGCUAUCAGGAAGCAAUCGUAUUCCAGCAAUGUUAAGGCCAGUUUUCUUCCUGUUCUUUGCAGCUCCUAGUAUGGCGAGCCUUGCUUGGCAUGCCAUCUCCGGGACCUUCGACAAUUCAGCCAAAAUGCUCUUCUUUCUCUCAUUCUUCCUCUUCUUGUCCCUGGUUUCCAGGCCAAUCCUAUUCAAGAAAUCCAUGAGAAGGUUUAAUGUAGCAUGGUGGGCAUACUCUUUCCCUCUCACAAUCCUAGCACUAGUUACAGUACAGUAUGCACAAGAAGUGAAAGGCAGCCUUGCCCAUGCAAUAAUGCUAGCAUUGUUAGCACUCUCAGUCAUAAUGUGUCUCGCGCUAAUGCUGUUCACUGCAAUCAAUUCAAAUAUGUUAUUACCAGAAAAAGAUCCUAUUUUGAGCAGCAAUAGUGACUGUGCAGCAACUAAACUAUAGUCGCUCAAAUAUUCUCUAUGGUUUUUAUUACCUAGCGGUUAGCUUAGUGAAGUAUAGUAGUUAGCUCUGACGCUCUUAUAUAACUGAACUCUGAUGUAAUUAAUGUAGCUGGUGCUGAGAAAUGAAAAGCAUCAGUUUUCAAAACA